GCGGCAAGUCCUUGAUGACAAACCUUGUUCCAAAUCCAGGGGUGUUCCAUAAGCAGACCACCUGACUUAUCUUUAUCUUCUCUAGGCCUCACGAUGAUAAAGAAGCGAGUCAGGCGUCCAGGCCAAAGGCCCACAAGCGGGCUACCAGCACAGCCAACACGUCGUUUUGCGAAUGACGUCGAGUCGCAGAGAGAGCGGGAUAAAGAGAACGAAGAGUCAAUCCGACAACGACCGUUGAGCGAUAGAAGAUCUAUUUCCAAGAAAACAGAAUUAAGCCGAUAUAAUUCUUGGAUUGAAUGUACUUCGAGCGCACAAUUCGAUCCGAAGGAGGUUAUUCUUGACCUUUGUAGAGACCCCGCUAGCAAAGAAAGAGCCGUACUUCAGGUUAAAAAGUUUCUUCAGUACUGCGUUCAGAAAUCUGAAGCAGAGCGCCCCUCCCUUGGACCAACCGAGACGGAAUUUUCUCUAACAAUCACAAGCGCCCGCACCGUGUUCGAGAAGCUGAAGAGUGUAGUUGGGUACGCGGAAAGUCAUAUUUUGCAUGUAUGAGGCGAAAUGAUCCUGCCCAUGCGAUGCAAUGGACCUUAGCCACAUCUUACUUCAACCUCAAGAACCCGGCUCGAAUGAGUGGCCCGAUACAUAAUAUAUACUUAAGUAGACGGUGCAAUACUUGGUGCCCGAGUUCGAUCUUGCCCGUGAACAACUAUUCGAUAAGCUCGAGGCAACUAGCGGUGAUAUACGACAAAUUAUGGCGACGGCCUGGACGGAUGCCGUUCAAGCUGAACCUGAUACUCGACUCGACUUCUACAUGACUCUUAUAUUAUGUGGUAUUACUAGUUUAAACCUAGGUCUCUUAUUGAGAUAUUUUACAGGCAGAUAGGAAGCCGUCCGGGGCUACGAC